AGGAAAAAGAAAGAAAAGAGCAGCGCCUGUGACUGUGCCGGUCGAGCGAGCCAGCUGUAACCUUAGCUAACACACAUCCAAAGCACAUGCCAUGAGCCGGGUUUGAGACUGCAAAACCUGGAAAAAAACCCACUCACGACUGCGAGGAGAAAUCCGAUGAGAGGAACGGCUCAGAGAGAGUGAGCUGCCGUAGAUUGUCCAAAGGGGCAGCGUUUCUCCUAGUUCCGGUUUGUCUGCUUGUGUGCGCUGUGCGAGUUGGGACCCUAAACAAAAGGCUGCCAUCAUCCUAAAGGAGAUAUUCUGCUGCGAGAGAGCCCGUCUGCUUGAUGCUAACUAAACAUGAGCUCCUAUUUUGUUAACCCUCUUUUUUCUAAAUACAAAGGCAGCGAGUCACUGGAGCCAACUUACUACGACUGCAGGUUUCCACAAAGCGUUGCCCGCAGCCACACGCUAGUUUACGGACCCGGAGCAGCCGCACCGGGCUUUCAGCACCCAUCCCAUCAUGUGCAGGACUUUUUUCACCACGGGACCACGGGGAUCUCCAACCCCGGAUACCAGCAAAACCCCUGCGCUUUGGCUUGCCACGGAGACGCAACGAAAUUUUAUGGAUAUGAAGCCCUUCCAAGGCAAACGCUUUAUGGUACCCAACAAGACGCAAGCCUAGCGCAAUACCCAGACUGUAAAUCGUCGAGCAGCUCUAACCCCGGAGAAGGACAAGGCCACUUAAAUCAAAACUCCUCUCCCAGUCUUAUGUUUCCUUGGAUGAGACCCCACGCCCCAGGAAGACGGAAUGGGAGGCAAACCUACAGUCGCUACCAAACUCUUGAACUGGAGAAGGAGUUUCUGUUCAACCCUUACCUGACCCGUAAGAGAAGGAUCGAGGUGUCUCACGCCCUGAGCCUCACCGAGCGACAGGUGAAAAUUUGGUUUCAGAACAGAAGGAUGAAGUGGAAAAAAGAGAACAACAAAGACAAGUUUCCGGGUCAAAGAGGAGAGGCCGAAGCCGAGGCCGAAGAAGAGGGGAACGAGGACGGUGAAGGGGAAGAGGCAGAAGAGAAAGAAGCGGAAGAGAAAGAAGAGACCAAGGAGUGAUUUUAUGGUCCUUUUAUGGUUAUAUGGGUGAAAAAGAGGAAAAAAGGAGAGGUCCCAUAAACAGACGAAGAGUCACAAGGAGGCAGAGAGCGUCAACUUUAUGACCACCCUUCUAUUUUGUCAAGAGGGAUCAGGAAUCCCACCAAUAUUGCUGUCAUAAAUAGACAAAAUUCUCCAUUCUUUCGUUUAUCCUAACAUGAUGCGCAUUACCAUUUGGAUUUUUCUGUAGAAGCUACAAACGCUUGUAGCGUUUUUUUCUCUCCAUAGAACUCUGGCCAUUGUUUUAAAAAAAUAAGGGAGGGUAAAUUAAAACGCAUGUUGGAUGGAAAAUGGCUUAGCUAUUUUUUACAAAUUUGCUUUUAAUAAUAAUUGUAUCAAAAACGUAGCCAAAUAAGAUCAAAACAUGACCAACGCCGACCUGUGUUGUAAAUAGAUUAUAGCCUACAUAAAAAAAAGACAUCACUUCAAAGUAGCCUUUCUGAAAUUGUAAAAAAAAUGUAGGCCUAUAACUUAGUAGUAAGUGUUAAAACAUCAUCGCAACAGUUGCAUUGGCUAGCAGCCUCUGUAUAAACCACAAGUUUUAUUAUUAUAAUUGUUACUGUUACUGUUUUACUCGUUUUCAUGUGACAGCCAUUAGCUCCUCAGACAUCUUUCUCUAGGAUUACCAGGGAAAUGCAAUCGUUUGGAAUCCUUUGAUGCUACCUAAACCUGGGGAAAUUGCAAUAGAGAUUUCUGAAUAUAGAGAUUUCAUAUGGUUUUAAUUUUAAAGUGUUCUAUAUCGACCUUAUAUUAUUAAGUUAUGUAUGUAGCAUUUACCCAACAAACAGUAUACACUUGUUGAAGACAAUUUGCGAGUCUUGGGAAGACACUUAGCUCAAAGCCAAGUAAACACUUUUGAGAUUGUACCACAGCACUACCUAAAAACUCAGAGCUUUGCCUUUGCAGAAUUUAUAUUCCACAUUUAUGGCAUCGCUCUGAUUUGAUCGCAAGCUAUUUCCCCAACAACUAAAACUGCCUAUAACGCACAUGUACUGUGUAUGAUAACAACAGCUACAAUUACAACGAUUUUAAAGUAAGGGAAUUUUUAUUUUAAUGUGCUGGUGAUAUAGCGUAGUUGUUUUGCACUGAAUAUAAUCUUUAUGUACGUCUUGUUAUAUAUUGAUGUUAACAAUAUGCUCGUUUUCUGGUGUUUCUCCUGUGAAAGACGGAAUUGUGUGUCCCCGACAUUGUUGAUGUAAAAUCACGAAUAAACAAGAUGGCUCACUAUCAUUUCUGGUUUUAUUAAGACUGUGCACUCUGUUGUUAGAACAAACAUCAUCACCACCCUUUCUCCGUGUACACAAAACAAAUGCAAUGCAGACAUAGGUGAAGUGAAAAUAUACAGGGUAGUAUUUUCUUUUUUAAAGAGUUCAAUAUGAACCCCUGUUUUCAUGCACGGACAACAGUAAGUAGAUAACGUGCAACAGAAAAGCCCCUUGAAUAAUUCAAAACUGAUGAUUUGAUGAUGCCUCGAUUUUCAGCCUGUGCAUCCAAAAAGUGCUUCGGCAGGAGGGAAGAUAGUGCAGAAGCCUCCUAAAUAAAGUUUUCCCAAUUUAAACUUUCAGAACAGUUCGAUUAAAAAAGCGCCAGACACGCGUUUGCGGAUGUAUCUCUUUACCUUUUAAGGAAAGACAGCGAAUCCCAUUCACAGCAGGCCUACUCUCCAAAGCCUGAGUCGUAUUUGAUUCAUCCUCUUAAUAAGAAACUUCCUCUCUUCAGGGAGGACACGAAGCUUUCCUUAAUGAAUCUCGGGAUGACUGAUUGCUGUUUGAGAGAUGAGAUGAGCAAACAUUUGACGUGCUAUGUUAAUAAUCAAACAAAGUAAUGGCAGAGCUUGAGGGAGGCUUUAUCUGUCAGAGGCCAUACAUUUGCAAGGUGUUGCGUGAAUCUUGUGUCCAGACAAUCCGCCGGAAAAGCACCAGAGCGCUGAAAUCAAAGCGAACGGGGGAGGCCAAGUGCAGGUAACAGGUAACAUCUCUCUUCGGCAGUCCAGCUGGUUUUCAUGAUGACGGGUUGUAAUAGACAGAGGACGUGAACAGACAACGUGAAAUCUGAGUAACACACUCAAGUAGGACUAAACUGCGAUAAAUAUCAAACGGUACACCAAUGUGGGUCUCUGAACGUGCUGUUAACGGGGUAAAAUACCAGUACUUGCUCUAUCAUAUUAGCCCUCAACAGAAAUUUGAACCCUCUUUUUCAAAACAUGAAAUUCGACCUCACCCUUCUCUUGGUUUGAUUCCCCCCUCACCCCCCUUUUUUUAACCGGAUCUGAAUUUUUCAAAUUGAGAACAGAAUGAUUUUCAACAUAUUGUUUCUUUAAAAAAUGCAUUUAUUGCAAUUUUAAUGCAAUAUUAGACGUAAUUUCAAAGUAAAUAAUAGUAGUAAAUACACCAUAACAUGACCCGGGACUUGAAUAAUUUAGCUGCCGAAUUUCAGCGUUAGGCAGCUAAAUUAUUCAAAGUCUGUUGCUUUUUAUUUGCUCACUUAUAAACGGUUCAAAUAAGCUUCAGUGCAUAUAUGGAACAUUGUGGACGCAAAUGCAAUGCCAAGGAGUAAGUGUUAGGGGAUUUUAUAAUGUGUAGUUAAAAAGUGUCCAUAUUGAAAUGUGCGAUUGAAACUAUUUAUAUUUAAGCCCACACUCGUAAUUGGAAAAUUAUCCUCAUCUAAGAAUUCUUUUGUAAAGAAAAGGAAAAAACAAAAAACGAACUAACCUCUUGUUGUGCUUCAGACCUCUUUUAUUUGAACAAAAUGAAUUAAUAAAUAUAAAUAAAUAGUGUUGAAGGGUAACAACAUAACACAGCCUAACGAAGGAAGACAGAACGAAAGCAGUGUUCAAGGCUUUUUAUGUGAACAUUAUUCGCAAAAACGCAAACUUAUCCACAUUAACUGGAAACUUAUUUUUCAAUCAAACAUUCCCAUUUCAUCUCAAUCCAGACUGAGACCAAAAGAUGUCGGAGUCUUUCACGUCUCCUCUUUUUAUGGCUUUCCCCCUAACAGUGACUUUUUCUCUCUCUCUCGGAUCAAACAGUGUUGCGCCAAAGCGCAACCUUUUAAUUCAGGGUGUUUAUUUCUCUGUUUACGUGCGCUUUGUCUCUAGAAAAUUUCCGGAAGUGUCCCUCAGUCACAGCUAUCCAGCAUCCCGUAUUACCCCUUUGUGUGAAUGUGUGUGUGUGUGUGUGUGUGUGU